AAAAAGGCGGAAAGCAGUAUUUAAUCCGUCUGCGGAUCCCAUGAGCUUGCAAUGGCUGUUAUGGGGAUAUGUAGCUGUAUAGGAAACAAUGUGGCUCUUUCGUUUGUUGUAUUUUUCUUAUUGUGUGGCCUUUCACUUGGACAACUACUGUACUCUAUUCAGGAGGAAUUAGAAAAUGGAGCGGAGGUGGGGGAUCUUGUGCAGGACUUGGGGUUGGAUAUUCGAAAGCUCUCCAAUCGAAAGAUAAAGGUAACCAGCAGUGGAAAACGGUAUGUGGAUGUCAAUCCCCAAAAUGGGAAAUUACUAGUCAAUGAACGAAUCGACAGAGAGACGCUGUGUGAUUUGAGCAGCACCUGUCUUAUACAUUUAGAGGUGCUUGUUGAAAACCCAUCCGAGGUGCACAAUGUCGAGGUGGAGAUUGUGGAUGCGAAUGACAAUGCGCCGCAGUUCCCUAGUGACGAGUAUCAAUUGGAAAUUGCAGAAUCGGCUUUACCAGGGUCUCGUUUCCCCAUUGAGAAUGCCGUGGAUCCGGAUGUGGGAUCCAAUUCCGUUCGUCUGUAUCGACUCAGCCCAAACGAACACUUCGCACUUGAUUCCAACAAGCCCUCUCUCAAAAGCAAGAACAUUGAGCUCGUGCUCAAAAAGCCCCUUGACCGUGAGCUGGCGCCUUACCACCAAUUCAUUCUGACUGCUGCAGAUGGCGGAACACCAGCAAAAACCGGUUCAGCUCUAAUUAAUGUGCGAGUCCUGGACACCAAUGACAACGUUCCUGUAUUUGACAGCUCAGUGUACAAAGUCAAAUUGUUAGAAAACUCACCAAAAGACACACUGGUCAUCAAAUUGAAUGCCACAGACCAUGACGAGGGUACCAAUGGGGAGGUGUAUUACUCUUUCAGCAGCUACACUCCUGAGAGAGUCAGACAGAUGUUCAGCAUGGACAGCAACACGGGAGAGAUCAGAGUGAGGAGCAUUGUGGACUACGAAGAAACCAACUCUUAUGAGAUGUACAUCCAGGCCAUGGAUAAAGGCCCUGGUGCUGUGGCAGCCCACUGUAAGGUGGUGGUGGAGGUGGUGGAUGUGAAUGACAACGUCCCAGAGAUAGUCCUGUCCUCUCUCUCCAGCCCAGUGAGGGAGGAUGCCCGGGCUGACACCGUGGUGGCCCUGAUCAGUGUCACAGACCGGGACUCUGGUGCCAACAAACAGGUGAACCUGGAGAUACCGCCGGGCCUGCCCUUCAAGAUCAAGUCCUUCAGAAACUACUACACCCUGGUCACCUCCGCCUUCCUGGAUCGUGAGACCACCGCUGCGUACAAUGUCACCCUUAGCGCCACUGACGGCGGCACCCCACCCCUCUCCUCCCAGAAGACCAUACAGGUGGAUGUGGCUGAUGUGAAUGACAACCCGCCGCGCUUCGAGCAGACCUCUUACACGGUCUAUGUGACUGAGAACAAUGCCCCCGGGGCCUCGUUGUGCACCGUGAAGGCCCAGGACUCCGAUGUCAACGAGAACGCACGCAUCACCUACACCGUCCUCAAUGACAACAACCACGGUAUCCCCGUCACCUCCUAUGUCUCUGUGAAGGCCGACACGGGCGAGGCAUACGCCCUGCGCGCCUUUGACUACGAGUCACUCAGGGAAUUCCACUUCCAGGUCAAAGCUCAGGACGGGGGCAUCCCACCCCUCAGCCGGGUGGCCACUGUCUACAUCUACAUCAUGGACCAGAACGACCACAUUCCUGAGAUCGUCAAACCCCCAGGCAACGGCACACGCUCUAUAGAGACAGUGCUGAAGAACGCUGAGGCUGGCGUCCUGGUGACCAAGGUGGUGGCGUACGACGCAGACGCGGGUCCCAACGCCUGGCUGAUCUAUGUGUUGGAUCAGUCCACAGACUUGGACCUGUUCAAGGUGCACGAACACACGGGGGAGAUCCGCACCACGCGCAGGGUCCUGGAGGACAACUCCACCUCCUUCAGCCUGACUGUACUGGUGAGAGACCACGGCCAGCCGCCUCUCUCCUCCACCGCCACCGUCAAUGUGGCCGUCAUGGAGGUGCCACCCAAGGUGACCCCUGACCCCAAGAGGGUCAUCCGGCCCCACAGCACCCUGCUCUUCUCCAACGUGACCCUCUACCUGAUCGUGGCCCUGAGCGCCACCACCUUUGUGUUCCUGGUGACCGUGGUGGUGCUGGCCAUCGUGCGCUGCCAUGCCUACUGCACCCAGCCUGGUUCCUGCUCCCCCUGCUGUGUGUCCCAGAAGACCCCCCCUGAUGGCGGGAGCAGCAGCACAGUAGGUGGUUCUGGUGGUGGAGGUGGGGGACAACCCAAUAACAAUGUGGCGCUGCGGAGAGACCUCAAAGUGGAGCCUCACUACAUUGAGGUGCGUGGGAAUGGCUCCAUGACCAAGACCUACUGCUACAAGACCUGCCUGACGGCCACCUCAGGAAGCGACACCUUCAUGUUCUACAACACAGGGCGGCCCAUCAGCGGCACCUGGGGUUCCGAGCGCUUCUUCACGGGCGGAAGCGGGUUUGUACGGAGACUGAGCAUGCCCGACGCUUCAUUGCAAGUCUGUCCAGAGCCGAAGGCCCCAAAUGCUGACUGGCGAUACUCCACUUCUUUGAGGGCAGGGAUGCAGAGCUCGGUCCAUAUGGAGGAGUCGUCAGUGAUGCAGGGAGCCCAGGGGAUGCUGGUCCAGAACUGGCCCACAGUGUCCAGCGCUACAGAUGGUGAGGGGGGCGAGCUGUCCCCUCCGGUUGGAGCUGGCAUCGACAGUAACAGCUGGCACUUCCGUUACGGGCCUGGCCCAGGCUACGGCCCCCCUCAGGUUCUGAGGCCUGGAGAGAUCCCCCCCGAAGCCUUCAUCAUCCCCGGCUCCCCCGCCAUCAUCUCUAUCCGCCAGGGCCAGGGAGGAGAGGAUGACAAGAGCGACUUCAUCACCUUCGGCAAGAAGGAGGAUCCCAAGAAGAAGAAAAAGAAGAAGAAGGACAAGAAAGACAAGAAAGACAAGGGGAAGGAGGAUGUGGACGAGUAGAGGAGAAAGGGGAGAUAUUAAAACAGAGCUACCAACUAAAGUCCAAAUAACAGAUGCAAGACAAAUAUCCAAGUGUAUAUUUUAGAAGCAGGAGAGCCUCCCUGUGGUGUGUUUGCAUAGUUAAGUCUGCCCAGCCAAGUCCCCAUUAGCAGAGGCCUAUCUCUAUGAAACAGCCAAUUGUAGCCUCUGCCAGGUUGGCCCUCCGGGGCUUCCAUACCUCUGGCUAUUAAACAGGCUUCAUACGGGAUUUAAUAGGCUGUCAUUAGCCAGACAUUUGCUGAAAGAAAAUACUGUUUCUAAUCAAACAAAAAUUAAUUUGAUUAGAAGAACCUUUCUACAAUGACGAUUAUUUACUCAACUUUCCCUGCCCCACUCUUUCAUGUAUAAAAUGCCAUAUGUGAGAGAAACCUCACACACCAUUUUAAUGCCAUUGCUAUUACUAGUGUUACAGUCCUGCCAGCCACCUCCCCAAACUGGCCUGAAAUGGGAUGCUCUUCCCUGGCCCUUCUGGCCCCAUGUUGGCAUCUCUGUCUUUACUCUACCCCCUGUCUCCUCUGAUCUCCUGAUUGGAGGGGGAGAGGAGGAGCUCAA